UUAUACAGGGAAAGAAGGAAUGCUUUGCCUCUUGUUUGUUUGUUUGCUAUGAUCUGAUCCGGGCAGACAUUGCCCUUGAACUGGCUUGGGUAAACAAUAUGAUCGACUUUGCCUUCCCAUAUCUUCUACAGUUUAUCCGUGAGUACACGGGCAAAGUUGAUGAACUUGUGAAGGACAGAAUUGAAGCACAGAACCAGGUGAAAGCUAAAGAACAAGAAGAAAAGGAAGUAAUUGCACAACAGAACAUGUAUGCUCAAUUGCUACCUCUUGCUUUGCCUGCACCACCAAUGCCUGGAAUGGGAGGUGGGUUUGCCCCUCCCCCUCCAAUGGGUGGUUUGGGGAUGCCUCCAAUGCCUCCUUUCGGCAUGCCACCAAUGGGCAGCACCUACUGAUUUUCAAACAAUUGUGGUAAGUUCAGCAAUGAUCGGUCUGUA